GUCUCCAGAUUAAUCCACGAGCCAAACUAUAAAAUGGCUCUGACCCUUCACCAUUUCACCCUUCUGUCUCAUCCUCCCUCUGCUGCGCUGUCGGCUCGCCUGCUCCGGACGAAGCGAUUCUCAUUCCCAGCCCUAAUCAACAGCAAGCGGUUCUCUGGUUCAGUAAUGGCUUCCGCUCCUCGAAAGGUCCUGGUGCCGAUCGCGAACGGGACGGAGCCGAUGGAGGCGGUGAUAACAAUCGACGUGCUGCGGCGCGCCGGCGCCGAGGUUACGGUGGCGUCCGUGGAGAAGCAGCUUCGCGUGGAUGCUUGUCACGGAGUGAAGAUUGUCGCCGAUGCCUUGAUUUCUGACUGUGCUGAUACUGUGUUUGAUCUCAUAUCUCUUCCGGGUGGAAUGCCCGGUGCUGCCAGCCUUAGAGAUUGUAAGACUUUAGAGAGCAUCAUACAACAGCAGGCUGCAGAUGGACGCUUCUAUGCUGCAAUAUGUGCAGCUCCGGCUGUGGCACUUGGGACAUGGAAUCUAUUGAAGGGGAAGAAAGCAACAUGUCAUCCAUCAUUUAUGGAGCAAUUGUCAUCGUCUGCUACCACAGUUGAAUCACGAGUACAGCAGGAUGGAAAUGUUGUGACAAGCCGUGGCCCUGGCACUGCCAUGGAGUACUCGGUAACACUGAUUGAGCAAUUAUUUGGAAAAGAUAAAGCAAAUGAAGUAUCUGGACCGUUGGUUAUGCGUCCCAAUCAUGGAGAUGAAUAUUCCGUGCUUGAGCUAAAUCCCAUGGAGUGGAAAUUCAAGAAUUCCCCAAAGAUUCUUGUCCCUGUUGCUGAUGGAACUGAGGAAAUGGAAGCCACUAUAAUCAUUGCCGUUCUUCGACGGGCAAAAGCAGAUGUCGUGGUGGCUUCUGUGGGGGACAAACUAGAUAUUUUGGCUUCUCGUAAAGUGAAAUUAGUGGCUGAUGUGGCCCUUGUAGAGGCUGCCCAACUUUCAUAUGACCUUAUUGUGUUGCCAGGUGGGCUUGGUGGUGCCCAAACAUUUGCUAACUCAGAAAAACUGGUGAGUUUGCUGAAGAAGCAGAAGGAAGCUAAUAGACCUUACGGAGCAAUAUGUGCCUCUCCUGCUCUAGUCUUGGAGCCUCAUGGCUUACUCAAGGGUAAGAAGGCCACAUCAUUCCCGGCCUUGUCCAACAAGCUGUCGGACCAGAGUGCAGCUGAAAACCGUGUGGUGAUCGAUGGCAAUCUCAUAACCAGCCGAGGCCCCGGAACUACCAUGGAGUUCGCACUGGCAAUUGUGGAGAAGCUAUUUGGGCGCACUAAAGCACUAGAGCUUGCAAAGACUAUGCUCUUUGUUUAUCCGUGAUCCACUACUCCUGGUUCCUUGAGUUGAACUCGCCGUAGAGACUUGUAUGAAAAGCUGAGUGUAAUACAUGUCCCAAGUUUGCGGUCUCGUUGAGUUAUAGACUUAUGUACAAAUAUGCCUAGGACUGGACUAUAGAGCUUAGUGUUUCAAUAAAUAAAAGGGACUGUUGACUGCA